AUGGACACAAACGCACUUCUCCCACCGGCCACCUUCCUAUGGAGCGACCCACCAACCGCCGGCCCCGAGUUCAACAACAAUAACAACAAGAAAAUAAGGAGUCACGAUGGCAGCCGCGGGAGCGAAAAGAGUCAGCCCAUCUUCGCGGCCACGGAAAAGCUGGCCAACGAAUCUGGCCGCAGUAAGGAAUCGUUGAAGGCGGUACGGAGUAGACUCGUCUCGCGCCAGGGGUCGCGGGCGACGAGGAGGUCGAGGGCGUCGAUUGAGUCCCGGGGUCCCUUUUCGUCCAACGAGGACCUGGACAUUGACGUGGACGACGUAGAGGACCUUGAGCUGCCACCGAACAUUUUGGCAGACAACUGGGACUCUUCUGCACCGCCCUCUUCUCGGUCCGCCGAGCGUCCAUGGCACCGCAGCAGCAGCAGCAGAAAGCCGCGGAAAUGGAAGCGUGGCGGCUUUGUCUCGGCGGGCUGGAUGGAGGAGGAGCCAAUGUCGGAGGCCGCUGGCGUCCAGCAGAAGAAGAAGAACAAGAAGGAGAGGAAGCGCGGCUUCCGUGCCAGACUUCGACGACUCCUCGGCCAGGAUAGGGAAAAGAGUAAAGCUGGCCACGAGUCGCCUUACGGCCAUGAACAGACCCGAGACCUGCAGAGCGAUGACUCGAGGCUUUCUGGCGAGCAAGACGCCGCGGCACAGUAG